AACAAUAUCUCACAACUCACUAAUUAAGCACUUCGGUUUAGAAUAAUUUCCAUACAUACUAAAGCCAACUAAAAUACACAAUGGGUGUGAGUGCCUAUACCGAUGUAGCGAAAUCUCCCAUUGCAGCUCACAGAUUGUUCCAAGCUUUUUAUGUCGACUCACACAAUCUCUUCCCAAAGGUGCUGCCACAAGUUUUCUCUAAGAUUGACCUCAUUCCGGGUCAGGGUGGUGCCCCAACCAUUAAGCUCAUCCAAUACCGUGAUGGAGACCAAGUGAAGUGCAUGAAAAACGAGAUAACUGAGCUAGACGCGAAUAAGUUGGUGUGCAAGAACCGAAUAGUCGAGGGAAAUAUGAUCGGAGACGAGAUUGAGACUAUUUGCUACGAUGUGAAAUUUGAAGCUAACAGCGGCGGAGGUUGUACUUGCACCACCAAAAUUGAGUAUCACACCAAGGGUGACUUUGUUAUCAAUGAAGAGGAAAUGAAGAAAGCCGAAGAGAAAUCCAAGGGUAUCUUUGAGGCUGUUCAAGCUUACUUGACCGCACAUCCAGAUCUUUACGCUUGAUUCACUAAAUUUAUGUAUUGCAUGUCUUGAAUCAAUUCCACUCUUUUAAGUGUGCUUCUGUGAUCAUCGUCUUUCAAUUGAAUAAGGAAUUGAAUGUGUUUCAACUUUUUUCUCUUCGUACAACAUGUGCC